AUGAAUAAGAAGAAGGAAAGAAAUGACACAUUUACAGAGAAUCUGUUAGUAAAUGGUGUUACACUAAAAUUUCAGCUAGACACAGGAGCAAGAUGUAAUGUGCUGACGAGAAGAGACUUUCAGGCACUGAAAAUCAACGGACCUCUGAGAAAACCAGCUGCUGCUUUGAGAUCAUUUUCGGGGCAUAGAAUGGUUCCGGAUGGAAUGAUAACAUUGAACUUACAGUGUAAAGAAGAGACACAUGCAGUUGAAUUUUAUGUAGUAGACACAAAGUCACAGUCAAUUCUCAGUGGAGAAACAGCUGAAAGUAUUGGGCUGAUUAAAAGAAUCUACCACAUAGAAGAUGAAUAUAGCACUCUGUUCCAGGGACUAGGAUGUUUACCAAGAGAAGUGAAAAUUGAAAUUGACAAAAAUGCAAAACCAGUAGUACACCCACCGAGAAAAGUUCCGAUAAUGCUUAAGGACAAAGUAAAGGCAGAACUACUGAAAAUGGAAAGACUUGGUGUAAUAGUGAGACAAAAAGAGCCUACACCGUGGCUGAAUAGCAUGGUUACUGUUACAAAACCUGACAAGUCAGUGAGAAUUUGUAUUGACCCAAAAGACCUUAAUAAUGCCAUACAAAGAGAACAUUACCCUAUGAAAACAAUUGAGGAAGUUGUUGCAGAAAUGCCAGAAGCAAAAGUAUUUAGUACUAUAGAUGCAACCUCGGGAUUUUGGCAACUUAAGUUAGAUACUGAAAGUUCCAAGCUGACAACAUUCAACACGCCAUUUGGAAGAUAUAGAUUAUUGCGUGCUCCGUUUGGAAUAAAGUCAAUCCCAGAAAUAUACCAAAGGACUAUGACAGAAAUGAUUGAAGGCCUUGAAGGAGCUCAAGUGAUUGUUGAUGACAUUUUAGUAUGGGGUAAAGAUGAAAAAGAUUAUGAUGAAAGACUUUCAGCAGUGUUAAAAAGGGCUGAAGAGUGGAAUCUGAAAUUGAGCGAGAAGAAAUGUCAGUUUAGGAAAGAUGAAGUAGAAUAUGUGGGUCACAAAAUUACUAAAGAAGGGUUGAAGCCAGAUCCAGAAAAGGUGCGAGCAGUACAAGAAAUGAAACAACCAACAAAUACAAAAGAAUUACAAACAUUCUUAGGGUUCAUCACCUAUCUUCAGAAGUUUCUUCCUAAUAUGUCACAAGUUAGUGCUCCAUUGAGAAAGCUGUUAGAAAAGGACAUAGCUUGGCAUUGGGAAACAGAACAGAAAGAUAGUUUUCAAGCAUUGAAAAAGAUGGCAUCAGAAGCACCAGUAUUGGCAUUUUAUAACAAAGAUGAAACAGUAGUAUUGAACGUUGAUGCAAGUUCCUGUGGGCUCGGGGCAGUUCUACUACAAAACGAGAGACCUGUCGCAUAUGCCAGUAGAGCAUUAAAUAGUACAAUGAAAAAGUAUAGUCAGAUUGAGAAAGAAGCUCUAGCGAUAGUCUUCGGAUGUAAGGAGUUUCAUGAUUACUUAUAUGGAACACAUUUCAUAGUUGAGUCAGAUCACAAACCUCUUGAAAGUAUCUUCAAAAAAUCAAUCACUGAAGCGCCACCACGAGUGCAAAGAUUCGCGAUCGCCUUGCAGAAGUAUGACUUCAAGGUUGUGCAUAAACCUGGAAAGACUAUGCUGAUCUCAGACACCUUAUCAAGGUUGUACUUACCUGAAACAAAUGAUGAACUAGUUCCUGAUCUAUCAGUUAAUGAAGUACAGCUUAAUGCCCAUCUGCCAGUUUCAGAUACAAAAUAUAAUGAGCUGAAAAGGGACACUGAAAAUGAUAGUGAAUCACAGUUACUGCAUAAAAUGCUUGAAGAUGGUUGGCCGCAAAAUAAAUCUCAAACACCAGAACCAAUUCAGAAAUAUUGGGCAAUGAGAGAUGAAAUUACUUCUAUUGAUGGCAUAUUGUACAAAGGGCAGAAAGUUAUCAUUCCUAAAGCACAAAGGAAACAGAUGCUAAUGGUUGUCCAUGAAACACACAUGGGAGUGGUCAAGUGCAAAGCCAGGGCUAGACAAUUCAUGUAUUGGCCAGGAAUGAUGACAGAAAUACAAGAAACUGUUCAAAAAUGUGAAGUUUGUGCAAUUAACGAUAAGAAGAUGAACAGAAAGGAAAGUAUGAUAUCACAUGACAUGCCAGACAGACCAUCAGCAAAGAUAGGAGCUGAUCUAUUUGAACUGAAAGGCCAGCAUUAUUUACUAACUGUUGAUUACUAA